AUGACUAGAACAGAGAGGAACCAAAACCCCGCUGCGUUACUCAAAGACCGACAUUCGCGAAGUGGUCUAACCAAAUCCGAAUCAUCUCAUAAAGGUGGAGACGGAGCGCAUAAUUGGGGAUCGUUAAGAAGGAAAGGGGAUGAUGAGAUUUCAGGUGCAUUAGAUGCAAACGAUGAAGAAAGAGACGAAUUCUCCAUGCCUAUUGGAACCAAGAUCGUUUCACCCCAACCUUCAAGUGUCGACAUCGAAGGAACUGGGAACGAUGAUAUCGCUAGAUCUCCUACAAACUCCACCUCAUCUAUCGACAGCAACACCAACAAUAACAGCAAUGAUAACGGAAAUAAACCUGUAAUGGGCAGAAGAAUGAGUAAUGUCUCUGAUGAAGAGAGGAAAGAAGCUAGAGAAUUUAGAGGUGGAUGGAGCAAGAAUGGAGUCGACUUGGCUCAUAUCGCCAGAACUUCCUAUGGUAUCGCUCAAUCUCCCACUGAAACUAGCUACAUGAGCACUAGCCCAACCAAAGUCAAAUCAGGGUUCAACUUUGUAAGCUACCACUCAGAUUUGACCUAA